CAAGUUGGUAGUGCAAUUUUGAUGCAGCGCCAGAUAAAUUGUUUAUGGAGCAGCAUUCAAAGCUACUGCUUAUUUUAAAAUACCAAUGCCGCACAUGUUAGGAAAAUCUAAUCAAAAUUGAACUGAAUUAGUUUAUUAUGAGGCACUUAUUUUAUAUAAUUUUAUGUCUACCAAGUUAAUAUUAGCUGUGCCUUGAAAGUAUGUCAUCACAAGUGGAGGACAAGGGUUGUGAGCAGACUCUGCCCGCACCAGGUGGGACCUCCAGAUGGAUGGUUUGGAGGCACUGAGUCGGCAUGACGUUGUCUUCAAGUCCUGGUUUUGUUUUCCCUUAGUGACUGUUCCAGGAGGGAAGGAGGUUUCCAAAAUCAUAAAAUGAAGAUGGUUUCCAGAAUUAGGAUUUAUAGCUUGAAAUGCUGUGAGGGACAAUCUGUGGUGUGUGUGUGUGUGUGUGUGUGUGGGUGUGGAAGUAAACAUCUUUACUUCCUAGGAAUUAGAACAAUAUCAAAGUGGUUAACAAUCCGCACUGGGAGUGGGUUGAAAUGCGUCAUACUUCAGGAUAGUAAAAAUAACAUGUAAAAAAAGCAUGACCAGACAUGGACAUGGCAAUCUUCUGCUAGUGGGAGCAAAGAACAGAAUAUUUGAGCAGUAUUAACAGAGGAACAUAGAAGAACAAGCUGUAAAAACAGUGUUGACACAUCAUCACCUCUGAUAUAGCAAACAGUUUUGUAUUUACACAUUGAGCAGACAUGGAGUCAUGUUUGUGUUCACCUGACGAAUGUUAAGUCCAAUAUUCACUCUACUUUUAGUUCACAUUUUGUCUCCACUGGGGGCCUCUUUAGCUGCUAAAAGCUCCAGUAUGUUCGCCAGCUAGUUGCUAACGUUGUCUGUCUUCUGUUUUAUGAUGAACAGUGAGAUUCUUUGCUGAAAACAGGUACCUGAACUACAGGUUGGGGGUUGAGGGUUGAGACAAAACCAAAACAAUGAGCUGAAAGGCUCUUAAAUGCUCUGUAAUGCUGAAGGAGUUUGGUGCUAAUUCUCUGUAGGUUCAUCACUAUGCACGAGACUUUUCACAUGACACAUAAUUAUUUGACCUAUUGUUAAUAUUUAUAAGUGCAGCUAUAAAAGAGGUUUGAUACUCACACUUCAAUUCAUUUCUGCCUUAAAGCACAUUAUUUGUGUAAUUUGUUGAUCUAAAGGAAAAAAUCUCAGAGCAAGCUGCACUGUAGGUCAAUGACCGGUAAUGACACUCCAGAGAAAAUAUCAUCAAUAAUAGAUGUGGUGAUGAUGAUGAAGUGUUGAAACCGGCUGUCUGCCGAGUGAAAUAGAAGUGAUUGUCUGGGAAGGACAGAUCAGAAGUCACAUCCGGUGUUAUAUACUCGUACUUUCUAUAGUCCUUUGAGACACGCUUCGGUGAUGACGGGUGAUAUAAAAAUCUUGACAUGCAUUUGACCCGAAAAUGACAAGUUUACAUCUGCUUUGCUACAUUUGGAUACAUGUAUCUGCCUACACGUACAGUACUGUUGCUCAGGAAUACAUACAGUACAGUAGCGAUGAGUGUUUAUCCGCAAAAAGCCUUUAACCAAAGAAUCUUUCUUUCCUGCGCUCCCUACCAGCUGUUGGUCAUAGGUUCAGCCUUGUGUCAGAUGUUCCAGCUCCCUAGGUUAUUUCAGUUUCUCUAGACAGCAUCGGUGUUUAGCAGUGAGUCCUGAAACACAGGAGGACUUUUCCUCACUCUCCAGCGAUAAACAAAGAGAUCGGGUGGGGGUGAAGAUGAUGUUGCCUCUGGUCACAGAUAGAGAGCGCCAUCGUGACAGCACCCAUGCUCUCUAUAGCUUUUAUCUACUUCUGCUUUUUAUAGUCAGAGGCCCUUCAUGUGACUCUUCCUGGUGUGCUCGGAGCAUGUGAAAGGCAAAGAGGCUGUCUCUGAGGAAACUUCACAACAAAUAGAGCCUCGGAGACCAGAGGAAUAGCCUGAGUAUGCAAAGUCAUUUGGAGUGAGCGUAAGAAAGGCGAGCUGCAGGGCCGAGCCAGGCGACGGCUUAAUGUUUAUACACUGGAGGAAGUAAUUAUGCAGCACAGUUUGAAGUUGAUGAACAAUAUGCUCUCUGAGAUUAGGAGUGAGGGAAUGGAGGAAGGCCGAGAGUUGGAAAGAGGGAGAGAGAAGCAGACGGAGGUGAUCUGUCAUGCUUCUCCUCCCUGUAAAUCAGACGUCCAUAUUUAGUUGGAGAGAGGGAAGGCCCAGCGCUAAUGUAAACAAAGCCUGGGAGAGAGAGGCAGAGAGAGUACAUCAACACAUAAUGUUUGAGUUUAUUGCCCGGCACGGCAGUCAGCGUGGUCCCUAGCAAGAGACAAGACAGGGGCUGAUAGGUUUCAACUAAAAAGAGAGUCCAUUGUGUUGGCCUUCUGGUGCUCUUUUUGGAUUUUAAAAGGAGCUAAUUUAGGAGUUUAAACAAGAGGGUUUUGGAGUAAUCAUGAGCAGGUCUAGGUUUAGUACAAGUAUGAGGAAGCAAGGAUUGGACAAGAGGUACUAGCUUUUCCUGGACUUGGAAAAGCAAGAAAUUGAAGAACCUUUUCCAUAUGCCACUCCAUAAAAAAGUCUUGUGAAGUCUUUUUGAGAAACCAGAGAGAAGAUUGUUCCUCAGGCCAAAGUCCCCUUGGGCAGAACGGGCAAAGGGACUAACUCUCUGACCAUCCUCUGCUUACCAUGAGCGAGCUGUGCUCUGAGAGCUCUGAAGAGGAGCAGGCUGAAGUUGAGGAGAGGCCACAGGACCGAAGGGUGACCAGGCUGCCCAUUAUUCAGCUCAUGCCUCGGUCCAAAGCGGGCUCCCCGGGAGGAUCCCCAAAGAUCUCGCCAAAGGAUUCUCCACGCGGGUCACCUCGAAACUCUCCGCUGCUGUUCCGGAAGCUGCUGAUGAACCGCAGCAUCAACCUCCAACGGCGCCGCUUCACGUUGGCCCACACGCCCAGUUUUGAUGUGGAGAAUGGAUUGUCUGUGGGGCGCAGCCCCCUGGACCCCCAGGCCAGCCCUAGCUCUGGUUUGGUCUUACAGGCCAACUUUCCUCACAGUCAGCGGCGGGAAUCCUUCCUCUACCGCUCCGACUCUGACUUUGACCUUUCACCCAAAGGUCCUUCCAGAAACUCCUCCACUGCCAGUGACCUGGAAGAAAGCUUGAAGCACUGGGAAGUCAACUGGUUGUCAUCUCGACAUACAGAAGACAUGAUUGUCACACCAUUUGCACAGGUCCUCGCCAGCCUGAGGACAGUCCGAAGUAACUUUGCUGUCAUAACCGGCCAGCAAGAUCGCACAGCCAGCAACAGGACACGAUCCUCAGGCAACAAUCCACCAUCCAUGUGCAAGACCAGCCUCGCAGAGGAGCCUCACCAGCAGCUGGCCAUAGAGACUCUAGAUGAGCUGGACUGGUGUCUGGAACAACUAGAGACACUGAAAACUCGACACUCUGUCAGCGAGAUGGCUUCCAACAAGUUCAAGAGGAUGCUGAACCGAGAGCUCACCCAGCUGUCAGAAACCAGCCGUUCAGGGAACCAGGUGUCUGAGUUCAUCUCUAGCACCUUCCUCGAGAAGCAACAUGACAUGGACAUCAUGUCUCCCCCCGCCAAAGAGAAGGACAAGAAGAAGCGGCCCAUGUCCCAGAUCAGCGGUGUGAAGAAGGUCACCCACAGCCCCAGCCUCGCCCCCUCCACCAUCCCUCGCUUUGGGGUCAGCUCCAGCCAGGAAGGACUCCUAGCCAAGGAGAUGGAUGACAUAAACAGAUGGGGUAUCGACAUCUUCAAGGUCUCUGAGUAUUCUGGGAAUCGCCCGCUGACGGUCACCAUGUACAGCAUCUUCCAGGAGCGUGAACUGCUGAAGUCCUUUAAGAUUCCAGCGGACACUUUUAUUACCUUCACGAUGACUUUGGAGGAUCAUUACCAUGCUGAUGUGGCCUACCACAACAACAUCCAUGCUGCAGACGUGGUCCAGUCCACACAUGUGCUACUGUCCACACCUGCACUGGAGGCUGUGUUUACUGAUCUGGAGAUCCUCGCCGCUCUGUUUGCAAGUGCCAUCCAUGAUGUGGAUCACCCUGGAGUUUCCAAUCAGUUUCUCAUCAACACCAACUCAGAGCUGGCCCUGAUGUACAAUGACUCGUCGGUCCUGGAGAAUCACCACCUGGCUGUUGGCUUCAAGCUUCUGCAGGAAGAUAACUGUGACAUCUUUCAGAACCUCAGCAAAAAGCAGAGACAGUCGCUGCGCAAAAUGGUCAUUGAUAUGGUGCUGGCCACAGAUAUGUCUAAACACAUGAACCUACUGGCAGACCUGAAAACCAUGGUGGAGACCAAGAAAGUCACCAGUCUAGGAGUCCUACUCCUGGACAACUACUCAGACCGCAUACAGGUCCUUCAGAACAUGGUGCACUGUGCAGACCUGAGCAACCCCACCAAGCCUCUCGAGCUGUACCGGCAGUGGACAGAUCGCAUCAUGGUGGAGUUUUUCACCCAGGGGGACAGGGAGAGGGACAAGGGCAUGGAGGUCAGCCCCAUGUGUGACAAACACAACGCCUCAAUAGAGAAGAACCAGGUGGGAUUCAUUGAUUACAUUGUUCAUCCUCUGUGGGAGACGUGGGCCGACCUCGUCCACCCUGAUGCUCAGGAGAUCCUGGACACACUGGAGGAUAACAGAGAGUGGUACCAGAGCAUGAUCCCCCACAGCCCCUCACCCCACCCAGAGGGCCCGGAGGAGGGAGCCCUUUCCGGGGAAGCCUCAUCGCUCGGUGGGGCCGGCGGCUCCAUUUCGGCCGACAAGUUCCAGUUUGAGCUGACCUUGGAAGAGGAGGGAGAGUCUGAUACCGAGAGUCUUCUCGAGGAAGAGGAGAGCUACAGCGGCAGUCGGGGACCUGAACUCUCCAGAAGUGAUUCUGGCAGCGGAUUGGAUUCAGUAUCUUCUACGACUCGCCUGGUCACCAAAAAGCUCACUACUGAUACAGUCAGGACGUUUUCUUUAGACUCUGAUAAAGAUAUGGCUGAAGAAAGAGAAACAGAGCAGGAAGGUGUCUCUGGGGUACCACGCUUCAGACUUGGCACAUAGCACAGUCAAAAGUACUAUUUCUUUUGACCUUUUAUGUUUUUUUUCUUGAUUUCGGUGCCUCCUCUGUCACUCCUUUUCUCCCACUCCAACCAAACACCACCACCUCUGGUUAUGGCGGACAGGGUGACAGCAAGCCUCGGUUGAGGAGUGCGGGUGGGUGUGGGGGGUGUUAAGAAAGUCUGCAGUUUUACACAGCAGUCACUUGCACUGGAGAGAGACGGAUAGACGUUCUAAUAGAGGACUGGAAACCAAGUGUCUGAGCGGUUCUUUGUGUUCUGUGUCUUUCAGUCAGACAUACUGUGGUUAAAGUUCUACAGAGACAGAGAAAAAACUUUUACCGACCAACCCAAGGUCUACUACAGAACUGUCUUCCUCUUAUGUGAAGAAAGUGAGGAAGUGAUGAACGAGUGAUGAACAAGACAUCUUGCCAAACUUGCAAUUUACAGGGGCAAUGCUGUUUUUCCUGCCUUUUUUGUUUUUAGUUUGUUCAUUCUGUUGUCUUUUGUUAAGGUCCAUUGAAGUACAGUAAAGGAAGAUACAGUCAAUAGCAGACUUCAAAGCAGUGUAAGCACAGUCAUGGCAGAAAGGAGCUAUGCAUGAUUUUAAGCAGGAAACUUUAAAUGUAGCAGACAUUUUGAGUGACUCUAUCAUUAUUAUUGUAUACGUAGCACUCCUUUCAGCUUGCACAGCCCAUUUAAUUAUGUUUAGCAAGUAGUAGUUUUGGAAGAAUAUGAGUAUAAGGAAGUGGCUGGCAGUACAUAUUAUUUUUGAGAUUUUCAGUUGUUUCAGGAUCACUAUUUACAUUUUUAUAAUUCUAAACUAUGAUAUUGUCAGUGACUAAACUGAACCAGGGUCAGUGUAGUGUUAUUCAUUCAAGGAAUUACAUCCAAAGCUAUGUGGGCUGUGCACAUGGUGCCUCCCAGUGUUGACAAGUGGAACUGAAGUUCUGGAAUUGGAGGCAAAUGAUUUGCAUAUAUAUGGAAGAUACAUUAAUUUGAACUGUAGGACUACCCAAAAUAUCAGUUAUGUUUCAGUUGUGUUGCUCUUUUUACUUUUUUCAUUGGAUUUCUUUUUUUAGUUCAAGUCACUAAUCUUUUCAUUAUUAAUAUUUGGCACCAAGUUUUAUCAGUUGUGUUCAGCUUGAGCCAAAACAUGAACACAUUGGAGGCUAUUGACUGCGAAACAGUUUGUCAAUGGAUGUCAAGCAACCAGCAACUAAACGCUACUGUACAGCAACAGAUGCAUUAAGCUAUCCAUUCAAAUCCAUUGUCGUCACUACAUAAUGUGUCACACACAGCAUCCAAGCACAGGGGUUGCAAAGAAGGACGGUAGCAUCAUUGUAACUGUAAAAAACAAAACAAAAAAAACACGGAUGGAUGUGACAGAAUUUUUUUUCAUCUUUUUUCUCUCAUUGAUCAAUAUUUUGCUCUUCACAGGGACAUAGUCAAUGACAAACAAGUGCCAAGCAAGCAUGACACAACCCGUACUGUAAUUUCCAUUUUGCCACUGGCUACUUUCCAUCAGUGACUGAUAAAGUUGGUUGAUUGUAGCACCCUGUGUGCCAAUCUGACCCGAGUGUCUCUGUUCCUUUCUUCUUCUUUUUUUAACUGAAACUGAUAUUGUCUUAAUACAGUGGGGGUUUUGUGUAUGUGUGUGUGUGUGUGUGUGUGUGUGUGUGUGUGUGUGUGUGUGUGUGUGUGUGUGUGUGUGUGUGUGUGUGUGUGUGUGUGUGUGUGUGUGUGUGUGCGUGAAUGACUGAUUUUACUUUUUUAAUGUAUUUGCUAAGAAAAAACCAAAGCACUUUGUAUGGUACUUUUACAGUUCUGCACUUCCAGUACAGUUGAACAUGUAUAGUGACUGUUUCACUGUUUUUCUGUUGGCAAAUGGCCUGGUGGUUGAGUUGAAUUGCACAGGCUGCACCACUACAACUCUUAAAGGUCGGAUAUCGGAGGGACUGAAGUCGGUUUUUUUGUUCUUUUUUAUAAUUGACUGUACAAAAAAAAGUGUUUUGUUGAAAUGCAUGACAUUGGCUGCAGGAUUUAAAGAAGAAUAUAGAGAACUUUCAAGCCUGUGGAGAAACUUGUUUUAUGUUAUUACCACGAAACAGAGUGGAACAGGUUUUGAUGUGUGAACGUGCUGAAAGUUUUUUUGACGCCUUAUUUUCAGAUGUUUCAUUUUUUUUCUUCUGGUCGUAGAUGUGUUCACUGACAUGCUGGAGUAAAACAUGUGCAAUCCUUUCUGUAGCCAUAAACAUCACCAAACAGACCAACACUCAAGGAUGCCUUCAACACUAAGGACUAUUUAACAACAGCUUAACCAGCACAACAUGCGAAGAGUCAGUACUGUCUCUCUGCGUGUCACUAAUUGUUUGAUUUUGUACAUUUUCCUCAUAGUGUACAGUUUAUUUAUUAUUUCGGUAUUAACUGUCAGAAAUGAUGGAACGGUAGACUUUUUUUGAGGUUUAGUACUUAUGUGUAGCUUCACGUGUGAGAAAGUCACACAGGACAGAUUUCAAGUAUUACUCAGUUAUUUUCCCUCUCGUUACAUUUAAUUAUGUCUGCAAAUACCAUUAUACAUAAGCAAAAAUAUUCACUUUCAUGUUUUUCUUGGUAUAAAAAUAGUUUAGAGACAGAUUCCUGUCUGAAAUAUCUCUCAUCUCCUGUCUUCCUCUGUCUCCACUGAACUGAUCAGAUAACGUAUUCAUGAAUGAUCUUACAGUGAGUGUACUGAUCUGAGACUUCUUUGAUUCACAGUGAAGAUAAUAUAGUCACACGGCCUCAAGUCAUCCUAGAUCGUUUUUUCUGUUCUUAGAGAUUUUAUGAAUAUGGGUCGUAAACUAUGACUCUUCAGCUUUGACAAUCCAAACUCUGCUGUUUAACUGCGGCUGUGUUAGCCCUCUCUCCAACUAGAACUGUAUGCCUUGCCAAUAAAGGAAAAACUCUUCACUCUU